AUGAUUCUCCCGGGUCUGGGUUAUACCGGCCAGCGCACCGCUCACCACAUCGCCGCCCAGUUCCCCAUCAACCUAAAAUGGGCCAUCGCGGGUCGUUCCGAGUCCAAGCUCCGCACUCUCGCUGACGAGUGCGAGGAGAUCAACCGCGACAGGACCCAACCCCACAUCGAAAUCUGCAACCUCGACCAGGAUGACCUUGACCAGCUGGCCAAGACCACCUUUAUCCUCAUCGCCUGCGUGGGCCCCUUUGCCAAGUACGGAGAACACCACCGGCGAGGCCCCUGGACCAAGGCCAUGAUCCAAAAGUACGAAAGCGCCGCCAAGACCUCGGGCGCCCUUCUUCUCGGCCAGGUCGCUGUCGAAUCCGUCCCCUCAGACGUCCUCACCUGGUCCCUUGCCAAGGGCGUCCGCGAGGAGCUCGCCGCGGACACGGGCAAGGUCACUGUCGUCAUGUCUAUCAACUCUGCUCCUUCCGGAGGCACCUUGGCGAGCGCCAUCGAUUUCUUCGAGUCCUUCUCCCCCUCCGAGGUCCGCAAGGCCUUCACCCCAUACGCCAUGUCGCCGGUCCCCAACCCCACCCGCCGGCCCAAGGACCCUUCCACCCUCCUCACGCCCUUCACCGGCCUCCGCGUCCUCCCGGACCUCGGGCGCGUCACCACCUCCAUCGCCAACCGCACCGACGGCGUCAUCGUCGAGCGCUCUUGGGGUCUCCACCAAACCGUCCCCGCUCUCCGCUCCCGCCUCACCUACGGGCCUCGCUUCUCUUGGGCCCAGUACGCCGCUGCCCCCUCCGCCUUGCGCGGCGCCGCUAUCCACCUCGGCCUCAUCAUCGGCGGUGCCCUCCUCGCUCUUUUUCCCCCAAUGAGGUGGCUUGCUAAGAAAUUCGUGUACGCGCCCGGCGCCGGCCCUACCGUGGAGGCAGCGAAGGGGGAUUCCAUCAACUUCCGCGGCGUCGCCUUACCUGACCCCGCGAGGGAGGAUGGGAAGAGGGUCUACUGUGAAGCCGAGUACCGCGGCAGCAUGUAUGUCUUCUCCGCUGUGUUGGUGGCUGAAGCCGCCCUCACAAUUCUCGAGGAUAAUCUUGACUUGGACGGCGGCUGUUACACUCCCGCUUGCUUGGGCCAAGGCUACGUAGACAGGCUCGCCCAGCAGGGCUUCGUCAUCAAGUCUAAAGUUCUACAAGACUAG